AUGAGUAGGGUUUCCAAGCAGUGUAACUCCAGACUAUGUUCCUUUUCAAAAAUGGGACUCAUUGCAGACCCGUUAUUGACACUGGCUCUUUUGGGUGCCAUUGGGGUUGGUGAAAAGUCAGCUACUGUCAUCGGGGCAACAUUUCAGUGGUUUUUGAGGGAUCUAACUGGAAUGCUUGGAGGGGUCAUGUUCACAUUCUACCAGAAAAGGCAUUGCCAAGCCAUAAGAUCCCCCACGUUGCAAGGGUCAAGCUUGCACAACUUGGAAACCUUCCAAUGGCAAUGGAGCAACUUUGCUUUUGAUACUCAACUCAUUUCUUACAUUAUUAGUGGAUCAAACCUGGAUAGCAAUGCUAAAAUGUGGCGUCUAAUUGCUGAUCUCAUGAAUGAUCUUGUUGUGAAGGUGUUUGGGGAAGGAGUGUUUGUGAACAGAGGCAGUGGUGGUUGUGGCUGUAGAUUGGUAGUGGCAACAGUAGUGGAUGAUGGUGGCAAAAGUGGUGGUGUUAGCAUGGAAUGUCAGUGUGUGAAUUGCAGCAAAAUGAUGUCAUGUUGGGUUGAUUUUGGUGGACUGAUGGUGGUGAUUAUGAUGGUAGUUUCAGGAGUUGGUAGUGGUAGGUUGCUGAAGGCUGGAGGCUGGAGUGAAGGACAGCGAUGA